GGUGGGGAAGCCGGAUCCGUGCGCAGGGUUGCUAAGGGUGAAACUUUUCAUUGACUUUGCUCACUUCGAGCCGGGGCGCGGGAAGGUGCGGGUGGUCGGCGGAGAUCAGCUAGUGGCUCGGGCGACGCGGGGUCAGAAGGGCAGCACCGCUCGCCGGCCUCGAGCCGGAUCAUUCUCCGCCCCGCGACGUGAGCCACCCCGUGGUCCACCAUCCCCGCUCCGUCGCUGCCUGCCGGCCCGCCUGCCAUCCGUACCCCGCCGCCAGCCCCGAUCUCCAUAAGAAAAAGCGGAAAGAAUAAUAUUGAGGGUCAUCGCCCAUCAUCCCCUCCUCGCUCCUCCAGCCUCAACGAAGAAAAGAACACAGUGGGCCCCUGCCUCGCGGCUCCCGGGAAAACAAGGAAAGCGACAUCUGCCCCGCGCUCAGGACCACCGUGUUAGGAGAAGCUGCCCGGCCGCGGCGGAGACCCGAGACCAUCUGGAGCCCGAGGCUGUGCACCGUGCAUCUCCUGCCCCCGACCUCGGCCUGUGCACUUGCCCUGCCCUAAUUCUGCCUCAGAAGGGACCAUGCAGCUGGAAAUCAAAGUGGCGCUGAACUUCAUCAUCUCCUACUUAUACAACAAGCUGCCCCGGCGCCGUGCAGAUCUGUUUGGGGAGGAGCUGGAGCGGCUCUUGAAAAAGAAAUACGAAGGCCACUGGUACCCCGACAAGCCGUUGAAGGGCUCUGGCUUCCGCUGCGUCCACAUUGGAGAGAUGGUAGACCCCGUGGUGGAGCUGGCUGCCAGGCGGAGCGGCCUGGCAGUGGAGGAUGUGCGGGCCAACGUGCCCGAGGAGCUGAGCGUCUGGAUCGACCCUUUUGAGGUAUCCUACCAGAUUGGCGAGAAGGGCACUGUGAAAGUGCUGUACCUGGAUGAUAGCGAGGGUGGGGGCGCCCCCGAGCUGGACAAGGAGAUCAAGAGCAGCUUCAACCCUGACGCCCAGGUGUUUGUACCCAUUGGCAGCCAGGACAGCUCCUUGUCCAGCUCCCCAUCGCCACCCUUCGGCCAGUCGCCCAGCCCCACGUUCAUCCCCCGCUCCGCACAACCCAUCACCUUCACCACAGCUUCCUUUGCUGCCACCAAAUUUGGCUCCACCAAGAUGAAGAAGGGCGGCGGGGCAUCGAGUGGGGGCAGUGCAGGCAGCAGUGGGGCAAGUGGCCAGCAGCCACCACCACAGCAGCCGCACGUGGCCCGCUCGCCCACCAGCAACCUGCUGAAGCACAAGGGCCUGUCUUUGUCUAUGCAUUCACUGAACUUCGUCCCAGCCAGCCCAGCGCCUCAGUCCCAGCUCUCGCCCAAUGCCAAGGAGUUCGUGUACAAUGGUGGUGGCUCGCCCAGCCUCUUCUUCGAUGGGGCUGAUGGCCAGGGCAGUGGGGCCAGCACCUGCAACGGCAGCAGCUUUGACGUGGCCCAGGUGUUCGGAGGUGGCACCAACAGCCUUUUCCUGGAGAAGACGCCUUUCGUGGAGGGCCUAAGCUACAAUCUGAGUACCAUGCAGUACCCCAGCCAGCCGUUCCAGCCCGUGGUACUUGCCAACUGACCACGCGCCGCCUACAGGCCUCAGAGCACCCCAGACCACCAGCGGGAGAGAGGAAAGAAGAGGCGGACAAGAAAGAAGAGAAAUGUGUAUAGAAAGAUUGCCAGUCUUCUUGCUGUCAUGUCUACAACGGACCUGGCCCAGGCAUGGCAUGGGAGGGUCUCCCGGAGCAGCAGAUCGUGUUUAACUCAACUCCUUGACUGUCUUCCUGCCUGCCUCUGAUUUAUUUGGUUGGUUUGGGUUUUGUAUUUUUUUCUUCUUUUACUUUUUCUACAAGUAGUUUUCUAUAGAGCAUCUUUAAUUAGUGGCUUCCUGUGCUGAGAAUGGUCCAGAUGUGAAUUGCUGCUCCCUGCCCUCCCUGCCCUCCUUCACACUCCUUUAAGGGUUCUGUGGCCAAGCUCACAGGGAAGGAGGAACUGCAGCUGCAGCCGGGCCCUCCCAGAGUAGGGAGAGGCUGGCCCUGUGUCCCUGCUGUCACCCAGUUAUCCUCUCACUCAAAGCCAUCCAGCCUCAGCAGGUCUUCUCUGGCCCUGCCCCCUAGUAACUCUGACCGCAGACCCCCUCCUCUCAGGCUGGGCCUCCCAACACCCUCCCCGAAGAGAGAGCUGUGUUUAGUUGAGAUGCUUUCAUCUGUCCUAUGUCCCUGUGCCACCCUCCCUCCUGCCCUAGACCAUCCUUGUGUCCCUGAAGAUGCAGCCUUCGAAACAUGUGGCCUCAUUUUCUCACUAAAGCAGCCCUGUCUGCUGUGGGCAUGACGUUGUGGGGAGGAAGGUGGGAUAAGUGUGUGUCUGCAUGUGCCUGUGACUGAGUGUGAGCGCGUGUGGUUUGCUGUCCUGUUCUAAAGGAUCCCAAGCAUUGUGACACUUCCCCUCUGGGUAUGAUUCUGGAUUGUAGCAAGUGCUUAUAUAUGUUCCAAGCUGGGAUGGGCCAGGGGUGGGUGAUGAGUCCUUUCGUAGGGCAGGACCUGUGGUGGGUGACGCUGUGGCUGAGCCUAGGACACUCCCAGGGGAAGCACUGCAGGAGGAACUGGUUUCCGGACUGCAGAGGAAUCUGCACUUUUGUUUUUGACCAAAAAAAAAAAAACCUGAAGAGCGAAGGGCAUAGCCAAGCCUUUGACACCUAGAGAAGUCCCUAGACUUCCCAGCCCUCUACUGUGUCCCUGGCAGUGGUGUGAACCAUUCACCUGAGACCCUGAAGGGAUGAGGCUGGAGGUGGUGCCACAGUGGGCAUCCUGGGCCUUAAAUGGAGACCUCCUGGUCUUCUGGUCAUAGGCGGCAUUUCAGUGCAUGGGUGCCCUGCCUAUGAGCGUCUUGUACCUCUUGGCUGCCCUCACUCAAGCCCAGACCCUGAUGCUGUGAGGCAGUUCCCUGGGCGGCCGGGCAGGACAGCCAGUGCCCUCUGAACCUUUGGGCCACAAGAAUGUGUGCACGCACACCCUGCUGCCUCUGCAGAAGAGGGGUUUCUUUAGCCCAGUGGGUAGCUUUCUUGCCCUGAUGCUUUGGUAAGCGGAGUGCUUGGCAUCAGGGCUCCAUCACCAGAAAGCACCAAAGCCCUUGCACCCUGCCCUGUACCAUCUUUCCAGGGGCCCCAAGCGGGCACUGUGGCGGCAGUGGGUCCAACCCAGCCUCUCCCUGCACUGGGCACCAGCUGUACCUCCCCUGGUGGCGCAAGGCCCUGGCUUCUCUAUCCCGCUGCACCAGUCCACCCAGUCUGGGCCAUCCUUGCCCUCCUCCUCAGCUCCCACGCAGGUGACAGUCCAGGCAGACACAUCUCUCUGGGAAAGGCUGGAUCUGCCUUAGACCCUCGCAGCCCCGUUGUGCACACAGGAGCCACCUGCACGCAGGCCGCCUGGUUUCCCAGUGCUCAGUACACCAGGGCCAGGAAGACAGCCCCUGGUGUCUUUGGAAAUCCGAAGAAAAAUGUGUAUUCAGGAGCAUGACUCCAGCCUGGGCUUCAGGCCCAGCUCAGUCUUGUCUCAAAUCCAGGCAUUUUUGCUUCAAUUUUAUUUUUUUUAA